UGCCAGAAAUGCAGAAUUUUCUGCAAUAUGCAGAAUUUCAGCCUUCAAAAAGGGCUAAUGAAGAAAAGAAGAAUAUUUCACGAAAACCACUAAAAUAUGCAGAAUUUUUGAAAUUCACAUGUAUUUGAAAUUAUUUUAUUCAUUUCAUCUUUCAUCCCUCAGAGAAAAGUUUUCUUUUCAUCAUCCAUUUGUGACAGAGACAUCUCACGGUUAAAUGAUUCAGCUACGAGCUACGACUCGAAAUUAUUGGCAAUUCGACAUCGAGAUGGCGCUAGCAACAGCAAAAUAUUGCAGUGUGCUACAUCUUUUUAUAGAAACUGUAAACUGGUAAAGUCCCGACUCCCGACACUCCCGACUGUCGGUAAUUUUACAUUUCAUUCUUCUGCCUUCUACUUAAUAAUAGUGCUUUGUCGCCAUUAUCAUUUGAUUUAUGCUAGUUAACAGAUUUAUUUAAAAAUGAGUUCAAGUGAAGAAGAUUAUCAGGGGUAAGAAACAUCAUUAUAUCAAAAUAUGUACGCAUAUUUAUUAAUUAAUUAUUUUAUUUUGGCGAGACUACGACUUAUAUUAAUUAUUCUGUAUUUUAUUUUUAGAUUUUCCAUAACAAUGGACAAAUCGCAGCAGGCCUCUACAAGUUCCCAUGGGAAAAACGAUACAGAUACACCCACAAAAAAAAGAAAAUAUCGUGACGAGUUAAGUGUGGACGAAAAACAAAAAGUUUUCAAAAGGAAGUUCCAUUCAGAUUGGAAAAAUGAGGAAGAAUUUAAAGGGUGGCUCUGUGAAGUGCCAAAUGAACAAGGAAAAUUCAAAUGUCAAUUGUGCAAUUGUAUUCUUUCACUAAGAGCUGGAAAACAGGAAGUAGUUAAGCAUGCUAAUUCAAAAAAGCAUUUAGCUAAAAUCAAUGCGAGAAAAUCGACACCAUCGGUUAAAAGCAUGUUUCAAGAAUCCCAGACAGCAACUUCAAUAAAGGACGAAAUUGCGACAGCCGAGAUUCGUAUUAGUGCUUUUUUCGCAGAACACAAUAUUGCUGUUUCUGUAGCCGAUGAUCUCGUAGAUUUAAUUAAAGUCACCUGCAACAAACCUGAUGUUGUUAAAGGAAUAUCACUUGCAAGAACAAAAACAACGAAAGUGAUAAAUAAUGUAUUAUGCAAAGUUGAAACAAGUGAACUAAUUUCAAUCUUGAAGGUAAUUAAGUUUAGCAUUUUAGUAGAUGAAAGCACAGACUUAAGUAUGGAUAAAUACCUAUGUAUUUUAGUGAGAUAUGUUUGUCCCGAAUCAGGUAAUUUAAUGACUAAAUUACUUAAAAUGUUGAAAUUAGAAGCAACUGAUACCACAGCAGAAAAUAUUUACAGACAGUUUAAACAAUUUUUCAAGGCAUGCGAUAUUCCUUUAACUAACAUUAUUGGGUUAGCUUCUGACGGAGCGAAUGUAAUGUUGGGUAAGCACAAUUCCUUUAUGACAAGAUUGAUGGCUGAUACAAAAGUAUUAGUUGUUUUGAAAUGUAUUUGCCAUAGUGCAGCUAUAAUAGCAAGUACUGCAUGCAAUGUUUUACCUGCAGCUCCUGAGGAUUUAUUACGGGCCUUAAGCUCAUAUGUAUCCGCUAGUGGUAAACGAUCUGCUCAGCUAGCCGAAUUACAGGAGUAUCUGAAUAAUUCUAAAAAAAAAAUUUUAAAACUGUCUUCAACAAGGUGGCUGUGCCUGCAUCAGUGUAUUGAAAGGGUUUUAGAAAUGUGGUCUACUUUGCAGCACUUUUUUCUACUGGCCUCUACUGAGGACCAUCUUAAACAAACGAAAUUCAUAUUAGAUGCUUUGAAUUGUAGCGAGACCAAGGCCUACCUUUUAUUUUUGAAAUAUGUUCUUAAUUUUCUGAACUCUUUUAAUGCGCUGUUUCAGGCCAAAACAGUCCUUAUCCAUCAAUUAGGAGCAGAAAGCAGACGUAUUUACUUCAAAUUUUGUAAUAACUUUAUAAAACCAAGUGAAAUCAAAAUUGAUGUUAACUGCAAUCUCCCAAUUAAUUUUGUAGAUAUAUGGAAAGUUUAUUUAGGGUCUGACUGUGAAAAUUUCAUUUUAAAUUUAGAAGUAGAUGUACAAAAAAAAAUUAGAUUGAAAUGUUUAGAAUUUUAUUCAGUUUGUUGUAGAGAAAUGCAGAAUCGUUUACCGAUGCAAGAUAUCUUUUUUAAUGAAUUAUUGUUUAUAACACCAAAGAUUGCUUUGUCAUUAGAAAGGCCUGAGGAAUGCCAACAAAUUUCGGCGGUUAUUUCAAAAUUUCAGGCGAUUUUAGAUAAAAAAAAUGAAAUAGAAACAGAGUGGCGAAAUAUUCAAUUUCACUUCAGUGAUGAAGAGAAAAUGGAAUUAUUGGAGUUGCCGAUUUCCAAAUUUUGGCAUAGAAUAAGAGAAACCAAAGAUUUUAGUGACAAAAGUAUAUUUAUCAAUAUUGCUACUUUAGCAUUACUUGUACUUUCGCUGCCACACUCAAAUGCAGGAGCUGAAAGGGUAUUUUCAAUAAUGAAUGAUGUGAAAACAAAAAAGCGGAAUAGACUUCAAGAAAAUACAUUGAAUUCUCUUUGUGUAUUGCGUAGCCAUUUUCAAGAGACUGGAACAAAUGCUGCAAAAAUGUGUGUCAAUGAAAAACAUUUAGAUUUGAUGAAAUCAAAAAAUUUAUAUUGCUAAUAAGGUAUUAUGUUGUGUUUUGAACUUCUGUUCUGUUAUACCUAUGAAAUGAAUAGGUAAUUUUUAA